AUGGCUCCCCUCGUUUGGUUCGUUACUGGGGCGAAUACCGGUUUCGGUCUUAUGCUUGCCGACUUGGCUCUAUCCAGAGGCGAUACAGUCAUUGCAACUGCCAGGAGUCUCUCAAAGUUCCCUGAAUAUCUUACGAAGAAGCCGAACGCCGAUCUGGUGGAGACAGAAGUUACCGCAUCGGCCGCCAGCAUUUCCAGACUCGUCGGCGCAGCCGUCGAGAGGCACGGACGGAUCGAUAUUCUCGUCAACAAUGCUGGUUUUGGUCAUUUUGGCUCUGUUGAGGAGGUUUCUGAGGAGGAGUCGCGCUAUCAAUUUGAUGUGAACUUCUUCGGUCUGCUCAAUUUCACAAGAGCAGUGAUUCCGCACAUGCGCAAGCAGGGGUCCGGCGUCAUUGUGCAACUUUCAAGUGGCGUGGGCAUCCUUGGUCCUCAGGGAGCUCCAAUCUACACGGCCUCCAAGUUUGCCGUUGAGGGACUGAGCGAAGCCAUGACCCACGAGCUUAAACCCUUCGGUAUUCGCGUCCACGUGGUUGAGCCAGGCGUCUUCCGCACGGACUUUUUGAAGUCGAUCGCACAUGGCGAGAAUGUAAGCCGCCAUGUGGAAGGGUAUGCAGAUAUGGGAACGCUUCUCUCUACUUUACAUGAGAAGCAGCCAGGAAAUCCGGAGGCUGGCGUCCAGCGCAUUUAUGAGAUUGCCACAGGAACGGGAUUGGCAACAGGACUGGAAGAUCAGCUUCGAUUUCCACUGGGAUCAGACUGUUAUUCUAUGCUCGAAGCGAAGAUUAGGAUGCUUAAAGAGACUGCAGAGAAGGCGAAGUCGAUUGCGCUGAGCACGGAUUAUUAG